GUUGUGAUAAACUUAUUAAAUAGAGUUUAAUAAUGGGAGAAGGUGGUGAUAAAUCGGGCGGAGCUAAGCAGGUCACGUAUAAAGUCAUCAUUGUUGGACCUGGUGCAGUAGGAAAGUCUGCCUUGACAUUGAGAUUCAUGUACGAUGAGUUCGUUUCGGACUACGAACCAACAAAAGCAGAUAGCUACCGUAAAACAAUGAAAAUGGAAGAUGGGUCUGAAGUGGCUAUUGAUAUUCUUGAUACUGCUGGUCAGGAAGAUUAUGCGGUUAUUCGAGACAACUAUAUCAGAUCUGGGCAGGCGUUCCUGUGUGUAUUCUCUGUUUCAGAAAGAAGUACAUUUGAGGAAAUGGAUGAGUUUAGAGAAGCAAUACUUCGAGUGAAAGAAGUGAACGAAAUUGAUGGAAGUGAUCCACAAGGAGCUGCCAAUCCGAUUAUACUUGUCGGAAACAAAAGCGAUUUAGCUGAUCAGAGGAAAGUUUCUUUCGAUGAGGCCGACGCGAAGGCCAAGACAUGGGGUAUCGAGUACAUUGAAACCUCAGCAUUGAAGGACGAAAAUGUCAAACAGGUGUUUGAGACAAUAAUGCAUAAAAUCCACCAUAUGGAGAAAUCAAAAUUGGGAGAAGGAAGCAGCACAACACAAAGUGCGAAGAAGAAGUCUAAAUGGAAGAGAAAGUGCACCAUUCUCUAGAACUGACGCUAGAUCAGACCGGAAAAUGUUUUUAAAUUAACCUCGCUCUGAAAUAAACAGUCCACCACUCUUCUUCUCGCAAUUCCAAUUUAACGAACCAUAUUGAAGCAAAAUACAUAUUCUUAUUUCUAUGCGGGCGGUUGUAAGUAUUUUGCUCAAUCCGCCAACAAAAAUAUAACAUAACUGCAUCAAAAAUUAAACGCGAGGUUUUUAGUUUCAACUGAUUUUCGGCAAAUUUCUUGAUUUCAAGUGAUCCGUUCUUCGAUUUUUAUAGAAUACGUAAUUUGUUUGUCUGAUGAGAAUAACUUUAAAGACCAAUAUUUCAGGCGGCCCUUCAAUUUCAAAGUUUAGACUAUCUUUAAACGCGAAUUAAGUACGCAAUGAUGAUGUUAAUCAAUAUUACCGGGCUCUUAAUCAUUUAAUAAGCGCACAGUGCUGGUUGAUUGGUUAGUAAUCUUGCCUAAGUUAUAAGUCUCACCUAGGUCGUCAAAGUUCUUGACAAUAGUUAUAGUUUAAACAUUAGUUAGAAAAAGGGAUAACUUGAAGAGGUUAAUCAGUUGUAUGUUAAAUACUGUUAUAAUAAAAUGAUGGAACAACUUAAUUUGUGAUUACCAAGUUGGGUUUGAUUAUACUCUUAUGCCUGUUCAUAAUUGUUAUCCUACUAUGUGGAAGAGAAGCACGAGUUGUGGUUUCCGAUAACAGUUAUAGAGGUAGAGUCAGCUUCUAGUGUUGCAGCAUUUGUCUUCAGACUAUCUCUUUUGGUUUCGGGUAGUCCUGCUGUCGUACAGGUGUCCUGCUGUGUAGUGUCCUCCCACUCUCCGUUACUUAAUUUGUUUAAGUUUAAAAUAUGUGUUAUUUAACGGAAAAAAUUUCAGAAAAAUUAUUAAAAAACUAGUUUCAAUGCGUUAACCGAGAAAAUGAGGCGGAUAAAAAAUCAGGGCGGUUCCUUAGGCAGUACACAUUUUAGAAACAAGAUUUUAAGAUCAAAAUUUUAAGAACAAGAUGCAGAACAAGCUUACUCGUAGAUGCAUACGUAAUGAAAUUUCAUGAAGUGUUAUGUCUUACUGAAAUACUGUUAUUAUAAAAUGAUGGGACAUCUUAAUUUAUGAUAACCAAUUUGGGUUGUAUAAUUUUUUAAUGCCUGUUCUUAAUUUUUUAAAUCUUAAUAAGUGGAAUAGACGUCACGAGUUGUAGUUUCCGAUAACAGUUCUGGAGGUUGAGUCCGCUUCUAGUGUUGAAGCCCUUGUCUUCAGUCUAUAUCUACUGGUUUCGGGUAGUACGGCUGUCCUGCUGUGUAGUGUCCUCUCAUUCUUCGUUACCUAAUUUGUUUUAAUCUAAAUACCGUGUUAUUUUACAGGUUUGCCUUGCCUCAAUACUUUAAUUUACUAAGAAACAAUGAAGUUUGAGAAAAAAAGUAAGAAUAAAGUCAAAGUUAUUGAAAACUAGCUAUAAUAAGUUUUAACCGUUCAACCGAUAAAAAUGAGGCAAAUGAAAAGUCAGGGCGGUUCCAUAGGCGGUAUAAAUGCUGACUCAAACCUGUGCAGCUGAUUUUUAUAUCGAAUGCCUUUGUUCUACAUCAAUCCUUUCUUUCAUCGGAAGUCACUUCAGUUUUAUUUGAGUUUCUAGAUGAAAAUCGAUCGAAUUUCCUAGAGAUCAGGACAAUUGAUCUGAUUUGCACAUGCUUUUCAGUUAAUAUUUCAAAAAAUUUUAUCCGGAUUUAUAAAACAAGGACCGGUGCUUUUCGCUAACAAAGAAAUCAAUCAGCCUUAGCGUUUCCGAAAACUCUGCAUUUUGCUUUUGAAAGUAUAGAUUAAAUAGGCAAUAAUGAUUUUGCCGCCUUUUUAAACCUUGAGCAUGAUUUUUAGGAAAAUAAUGAAUAAGGAAAGGAAUAAAUCCGUUCAGAGUUGUUCAAUUUAUCAUUUAAGAUUUAUUUUGAGAUUGUCACUUAAAGAUUUUAUUUUUAAAGGGACUUUUGUUACCAUUUGAGUCGUGAACAAGUUGUGAAUAGAAGAGAUUCAAAAGAUUAGACAAAAGUUUUAAAAAUUUUCUGUUUUGUGAAAGUGUAGCAAUGCCACAAUCUACAAUUAUUUUUUAAGCUGCAUUUUGACGCAUGUUUUCUUUCCAAACUACUAGGCAACAUUCAGUCAAGACAAUACACUAUUUAGUACAAAAUUUUAGGAACAAGAUGCAGAACAAGCCUCUCUCAAUUCAACAUUCAGAGCAAGAUUUUAAACUGAAACUAAUAUUGCUCGUAGAUGCAUAAAUCAUGAAUGAAAGUUGAAGUUUCAUGAAGUAUUAUGUGUUACUGAAAUACUGUUAUCAUAAAAUGAUGGGACAACUUAAUUCAUGAUAACAGAUUGGGUUGGAAAAUACUCUUAUGACUGUUCUUAAUUUUUUUAUCUUACUAAGUGGAAGAGAAGUCACGAGUUGUAGUUUCCGAUAACAGUUCUGGAGGUCGAGUCCGCUUCUAGUGUUGCAGCUCUUGUCUUCAGUCUAUUUCGUCCUGCUGUCGUACGGCUCUCCUGCUGUGUAGUGUCCUCAUAUUCUUCGUUACGUAAUUUGUUUUGAUUUAAAUCCCGUGUUUUUUUUUUACAGAUUUGGCUUGCCUCAAAAUUUAAAUUUACUAAUUUUAGAAACAUCGAAAUUCCAUGAAAGAAAACUAAGAAAAAAAAAUGAAAAUUAAUGAAAACUAGUUUUAAUGAGUCUUAACCGUUCAACCGAGAAAAUGUGGCGAAUCAGAAAUCAGGACGGUUCCUUAGGCAGUAUAAAACUGACGCAAACCUGUGCAGAUAAUUUAAAUAUCGAACGCCUUUUUUCUACAUCAAGACUUUCUUUCAUCUGAAGUCACAGACUUCAGUUUUAUUUGAGUUCCUAGAUGAAAAUCAAAUAUUCAUUAGAUCAGGGCAGUUGAUUUGAUAUGCACCUUCAUGUCACUUAAAUUUUCAAAAAGAUUUUUUUAUCCGGGAUUAUAAAACAAGGACCUGUGCUUUUCGCUAACAAAGAAAUCAGUCCAGUCCGUCGUAGCGUCUCUGAGAAUUUCUGCAUUUUGCUGUUGAAAGUAAAGAUUAAAUAGGCAACACUCGUUUUGCCGCCUUUUCAAAUAUUGAGCAAGUUUUUCACGAAAGGAGUUAAUAAGAAACGGAAAAAAUCCGUUCAGAGUUUUUACAAUUUAUAAGUUUAAGAAAUAUUUACUGAUUGACUGAGAAUAAUCUCGGUCACUUUUGGAUUUCAAUUUUAAAGGGACUUUUGUUAUCAUUUUGAGUUGUGAGUGUGAACAAGUUGUGAAUAGAAAAGAGUCAAAACGUUAGAAAAAAGUAUUACGAAUCUUUUGUUCAGUGAAAGUGUAGCAAUGCUCUAAUUAGCAACAAUUAGCAACAAUUACUUUUUAAGCUGCAUUUCCAGAACAAGCCUCUCUCAAUGCAACUUUCAAAACAUGGUUUUAAACUAAAACUAAGAUUGCGCGUAGAUGCAUAAGUCAUGAAAUUUCAUGAAGUAUUUUGUCUUACUGAAACAUCUAGGCCACUCGGUCUUCUUAAUGCUCUAGUUGAUGCAUGAAACAUGAAUUUUCAUGAAGUAUUUUGCCUUACUGAAAUAACAAAGCCGAUCGCUCCUCUUAAUGUUCUGCAAUAUCACACCAAAUGAUUGUUAUGGUUAUGGCCUCAUAUUUGGUGUGGCUCGUGGUUUUAAGCGAACAAGGGAUCAAUUGAGCAAUCUCCCCCCCGUAAUGACCAAUUGAGCUAUCUCCCCCCCCCCCCAGCAAAAAUGAAAAAACUCUACAAAAAGACGUCAGCAAACGCAAGUAGAUGGAUGAUGUGUUUACAGCACGCAAUCAAUUAACCGACUGAAGUUUAUUUUAUAUGAGUAUCGAGAAAAAUUUUGAAAAAAAACUCGAAAUUUAUGAAAAAAAAAUUCGAGUUUUGCAAAUUUUUGUUUUAGGGACCGUAGGCUCAUCGAGGAAAGCUAUUUACCAGGGUUGGUGCUCUAGUCUUGUAUCUGAAUAGCAAAAACGGUUCUCCGCAGCACCUUAAUAUUGUACGCUAAAGCUUUUUAUCAUUUUAAGAAAGAAAAAUAGUCGCUUUUUAUGCCUGUUUUAUUGAUUCUUUUUUCAAUCUGAAUGAAACUUUUAAGCUUCGAUAUUGUAAAUUUUGGCUUUCCACAGUCGUUGGAAAAUAUGUUUUAUGAUUUCAUGUCAUUCAA